AAUGAGUUUAAUAGUGUUGUUUGCAUUAUUCGUUUUUGGUUAUUGCGAUUAAAAGGAAGCAGGAUUGUAGAAAGUAAAAGUAUAAGUUGCAACUGUAUUGGAUGGAUAUUAUAAAGAAUUUGAUGGAGUAUUGUGUUAUUCAGAGAAAUAUAAUCAAUUUGUAAUAUAUCAUGAGAGAUCGAAAGCUAAAAGUAAAUAUGAAAAAUAAUGUGUUAGAUUUAAAGGAAUUGUUUCCUGAGACAGAUUUUUUUUUAUAAUUUGGAAUGAAUGGAAAUGCAGUUGGUUUAAGUCUUUAGAAUUUUGUACCUUAAGUGAUAAUAAAUGAGGAUUAAUAUAAGAGUGUAGUUUUGACAGUAAAGCCUGAGGUAAAGAAAGGUAAGAGUAAAGAUAGAUAAUAAAUUAGGUACAACUGUGAAGAUAGCAUUUGUGACAGAAGAUUAUUAGGGAGAAUAAGAGAGAUUUAUAGAUAUUUUAGAGAAUGGAAUAGAUAAUUAUAAAGGAAUAAGUGAGACUUAAUUGGAUUAUGCAGCAAUGCAAUUCGAACAUAAGUUUAUAUAAUAUGUAAAGAAGAUGCAUGAUGAAUUAUGAUUUAUAUAUUAAAGAAAUGUAGUAUUUAAUGAUGCCGGU